AAGGACUCACUCGAAUUUAUGCGAUUAGAUCCGUCUCGGAAGUACGUCGUGUAUCCGGGUGCAGCUCUUGGCUCGGUGCGGUGCGGUGCGGUGCGGUGGAAUGAUUCAAUCGAAUUGAUCACAGAAACCUGGCGUAGCAAUGCAGCAUGAACCGGCGCUAUGAAGCUCGAAUUUUUUGCUAUGAACUGGGGUGCUAUUGGGAGGGGCGAGAGGCAGUCAUCACAACAACAGCACCACAACCAUGAAACUUGUGUCACUUGCCCUGCGCCAGAGAUUCGAUUCAAUCGUGGAUACUCAGUCAGUAUCCACGGAUGGAUUGAGCACUCCCAAGGACUGCAUGAAAACCUCCUCACCUCACCCGAGACUCGACUCCUAUAUGUCAACUCCGCUCCAGCAGCAAUGAGGUCGCUGCCUGUACACCUAUUGGCUUCAUACAAUCAAAUUGGCCAUACAUCAACUCCUAACGCUUCCAAAUCUUCCAAUGCUAUCAAUGUCCGCCACCAGUGAUCCGGCGGUUCCAAACUCCGGAAUGGAGUAUCGAUUGAAUCCAACUUCGUCUUCGUGUUCUACAGUACUAUAGAAGUUUUGGCACAAAAUCAAUCGGACAAAACCAAGACGGCACAGAGAUACUCAACAGAACCAACACUACAAUUCUGCGAUAAUCAUGGCCCGGGACUUCUUUACACCAGUCGAUUUGAGGUUCUAUCCGCGCAGAAUCACGGCAAUCUUGAACAACCUUCAUCGUUCGCAGCCCGAUGGAAUUUCCAUCGUUAUGUGUUGGCAUCAACUUGAGGCCAUCGGCGCCCCUCGAAACGCUGAAGAUGCGGCCGUACGGGCGUCAUUGCAGAGGGACUUCGAUGAGAUUUUGACUACUGUGGCCAGUUUACCCAGCCUUCAAAAGGUGAAACUGUCCCUGUCACCGAAAGACGGUCGAGGAAUCCGUGUGCACACCGCAGAAGUAGUUGCCCGAUUGCUCAAUCGCUUUCCCAAGAAGAUUAAGUCUCUUACUUUCACAGAAGCAAUACUGGAAGGAACCUUCUCAGAUUUUGUGGAAGCACUUUCUUACCAAGAGUCCUUGACGACUAUUCGCCUCCAAAACGUCAGUCCUACGCCAACUGAUCAAUCUCAAGGAGUACCAGCGUUGCUCUCUGCCGCGGCUUCUCUCCCACGCUUGGAACACUUUGAAUUUUCCAGCGGACCACUUACCUUCAUUGCAGACAACCCCUCGGCUAUUGCAGAUGCAUUGGGAAGCUUGGGCAGAAGCCCAACCUUGACUCAUUUGGAUCUGAAUGGCUGUUGCUCCUAUCGUAAUUGUGAUAUUCUGAUCCCUCUGAUCCAAGCCCUUGGAGACUCGGAAUUUCGACUCGUCACUUUGAAUCUGGGAGGCUGUACUCCUGGUUAUAAAAAGGCCCGCUUGUAUCAAUCCGUGGGACAUAUGCUUCAAGCGAAUGAUACAUUGCAGCUCCUCAGCUUGCCAUACACUCGAGAAGACGAUACAUGCAUUCUCCCUGUCAUCCACUCACUGAAGGCGAACCGUUCAUUGAAGGGUUUGGAAUUUGUCGAAAACGAUCGUGAAGAUCAAGUGCGACUUGGUGAAGGGGUGUGCACGAGCCUUCAUGGAGUAUUGCGGGAGUACAAUUACACGCUCAGGAUGAUUGUGUUCCCCGAUUUGUCCAACUACAAAUCGUUCUUGUCCUGUGAGUUUUACCUGAGGCUCAAUCGGGAAAAAGAGCUAAGGCUCUUACGAAACCCUAACCAUCCUUCGACUCGCGAGGACUGGGUGAGAGCUCUCUUGGAACACAAAUUUCAUCUGAGUACAGUAUACUUUUUCCUGCGAAUGAACCCACUUUUGGUCGCCAAUCCCACUUGUGCUGCAUUCAGCAAUGUUGAAGACCACGACGUAUCCCACCGUUUGAAGCGUCGGAAGUUUGAGUGAUCUCCUGCGGUGACAGUGGUGCGGACCAGCAUCGAACCGUUCAACGCAGCUACAAGUUCUGGCUAGAUGGUUCGCUGUUUCUUUGGCACCAGACCAUGCUACAAUCAGCCUCGUGUGUUUGUUCGGCGGUCUGAUGAAGGGACCAGAUGGAGAUGAGUAACUACGAGCAAGUACGAGCACCUCUGUCUACGAUGUUUUAAUCAAACUAUAAAAAAGACUUUGAAAGCUUGCCAGUC